GGCCCAGCGGCCGGGGGGAGCGAACGCGGAUCGGCUCCCUCCCGGUGGUGCCUGCCUUGUACGCCGUGACAGCGACAUUCUUUUCUUUUACCUGACCGUCUCCCCAAGCACCACGCCGACGCCCCGCCCGCGGCCCCUCCGGCUGCCUCGGCUUCCUCUCCUUAUAUAGAGUCCCCUCGCCCCGCAACCACUCGCUUCGCAUGCCCGCCCGCUGCCAUGAACGGGGGCAGUAGAGUACAGGGGCUCUAGUGGCGGCGCGGUUGCCAGCGGAGCGGAGUGCUGGGCGGCGGCGGCGGGAAUGGGGCUGCUGUCGAACCGGGUGGAGCGGUCGGACAUCCGCCCCGGCGACCACAUCUACACCUGGCGAGCCGUCUACGCCUACUCCCACCACGGAAUUUAUGUUGGAGGAAGCAAAGUGGUCCAUUUUACACGAAAGAAAGAAAUUGAAAGUUCAGAUUCGUCAGACUCUGCCUCCAGCCUGAUCUCAGAAGUUCCAUCAGAGUGCCAAACAUUCCCUGAUUGUGGAUUUCAGCUGCCCAAUAGUGGAGUCGUCCUCACUUGCUUGGACUGUUUCCUCCGCAAUGGCUCCCUCUACUGCUUCGAGUAUGGAGUGCCAUCUGCAGUUUUCCUCGCAAAACUUCGUGGAGGAACCUGCACCAUUGCCGAAUCAGACCCACCAGAGGUUGUUGUCCAUCGAGCAAUGUACUUGCUUCAAAAUGGGUUUGGACACUAUGACAUGUUUGAGAAGAACUGCGAGGACUUUGCACUCUACUGCAAGACUGGGCUUCUAUCAGUUGAGGAACCUGGCAUCGGGACUAGCGGGCAAGCUUCUUCUGCCAUUGGUGUGCCAUUGGCAGCUCUUCUGUCCACUCCGUUUAAGCUUUUGGCAGCCGGCCCGCUUGGAAUGGCCACUGUCACAGCUGGGAUGUACUGUGCUGGCAGAUACAUUACUGACAUAGGAGUAAGGAAGGACGUAGCAAAAGUUGAAGUGGAGAAAUUGACGUCACACCCUGGUUUCCGCCUUGUUGAAGAUGAAGAAUCGGUGAACAAGCGAUCAGAAAAACCCAAGACCUUGCUCCCUAUGAAGAGGAAACGUGAAAGGUGACGGCAAAGCGCAGCUUGGGACGAUGAACUUAUCUGCCUUAAUUGGCACGGAAUUGUGGAUAAUGUGGGAUGUAUAGUAUAUGCUCCACUGUAAUAAAACCAGUAUAGAUAUGUACCUCAGAAUGUGCCCUAAUUUGAUUAGGUGCGCACCUCACAUGAUCAAUUGAACUGCUUUAUGAAUUACUGAAUCACUAUAUCAUCUAGAUUUUCUUCUA